CUCAGAGAGUGCGAGGGAGAGGGAGAGGGAGAACGAGAGAGGGAGGGAGACAGAAAGAGAGAAAGAGACACAGACUACAGGAACGGCGUAGCUGCUGUGGUCACAGCAGGAGGAAAAAAAGGAAAAAGGAAGGCGCAAAACCCGUAGCAGAAAUGGAGGGAUUAGCCGGUGGGAUUUAACGCCCAGUGUACAGGCUCAUGUGGAGGAGGCUUUUGGGGGAAGAUCGGGAUUGAAAGGACCUUUGGUCUGAACUUGUAUGGUCAUGCCCCCCAGCAAGAAAUCUGAAGUGUCCCGGGUGAGCGUGGUCAGUGGGCGAAGCCUGUUUGACCGGGUGGGGUCCCCACAGGAUGUCACAGUCAAGGCGGACCCCGCAGCGCCUGGUCCCCGGCCCGAGGAUGAGGAGCUGACCAACCUCAACUGGCUCCACGAGAGCAGCAACCUGCUCAACAGCUUUGGCGACCAGGUCCUACGGAGCGUCAGCCCGGUCAUGGAGAAUGACUGCGGUGACGGUGCGCCGCCCUCACCCUCCCCGCCGCCGGCGCCCUCCGACCCCAGCUACGACCUCAAGCAGAACCCCAACUGCAAGCCCCCCUACUCUUUCAGCUGCCUCAUCUUCAUGGCUAUUGAGGACUCUCCCUCCAAGCGGCUGCCCGUCAAAGACAUUUACAACUGGAUCCUGCACCACUUCCCCUACUUUGCCAACGCCCCUACCGGGUGGAAGAAUUCUGUCAGACACAACCUGUCACUCAAUAAGUGUUUUAAGAAAGUGGAUAAGGACCGAAGUCAGAGCAUGGGGAAAGGCUCACUGUGGUGCAUAGAAGCUGAAUACAGACAGAAUCUCAUCCAGGCGCUGAAGAAGACGCCCUUUCACCCCCAUGCCCAGGUGCUGACCACGCCCUCUGCUUCUCUGCAGGCUUAUCAAAGCAUAUCCAGUCCUCCCCUAUGGCCUGUCAGUCCCUUCUUCAGGAGAAAUGGAGGAGUCCUCCUGCAAGUCCCUCAGGGAGUGAUCCAGAAUGGCGCGCGGAUGAUGAGUCAGGACGUUUUCCCCGGAAUCAGACCCCUUCCCAUCAUUCCCAUCGGGAGCAGAUCGGCAGCUGUGAGCAGGUCAGUCCUGGGUGUGUCCCGGAAACGGAGCGAAAGCGAUCUGUCCUGUGACUCCCCAUUGGUCAGCAGCGACCCCAAGGAGGACCACACAUACAGCAGCGCUAAAUCCAGCGGUCUUCCCUCGCUCGAGGGCGGGGCUUCCCACGAAGGUGGAGAUGCCCCCAGCGAUGCCGAGGAUGACGACAGGGUCCGGGUCAAGAGGGAGCUCAAGGACCUGCCGCCGGACUCCUCCCACCUGGCCCAGUACAAGAGGCGGCUGCACUGGACAAAAGCUAAACUGCGUCUGUCCAGCGACUCCCUCCCCCUGAAAAAGAGGCGCACACAAAAGCCCCCCGAGAGUGAUGACGAAGAGAUGAAGGAGGCAGCAGGAUCCCUCCUGCACCUGGCUGGGGUGAGGGCCUGCCUGAACAACAUCACCAAUCGGACGGCAAAGGGCCAGAAAGAACAGAAAGACACUCUAAAAAAUUAAACGGACAAAAAUAAGGCAAUUUGAGAGAAAAAAAGAAGCAUCACUUCUAAAUGAAUUUCUAUAUUUUUUUCUAGGACAUCAGGUGAAUUUUAAUGAUUUGUGGCAAUAUCUCUUUGUUUUCUUAUCCGUUACACUGUCUUUUUUGGGAGGAUGGGGAGGGGGGGGAGUUUUUUAAAGAUUUUAUUUAAAGGAUAUUAAAGCCAUAUGUAUUUUUUUUCCUGACACUCUAAUUUGGGAAAGUUUUUUUUUUCUCUUUGUCUGCUGGAUUUGAACACAGACAUGGACAGAAGGCGGGAUAGGAAAUGAUGUCAUCAAUAAUUAUCCGAGCAAAAUAAACAAGAAAAUUGUAGCAACCACCAUUCUCCUAAAGCAGGAGGGAAUGGAGAGAGGAAACUGAACAUUUGCAGGCCUCUUAAACUGAGUAUUCUUUAGGAAAGAACCAUGGAAUCCAUGUCCAGCUGAAUCCUUCACCGGGGAAUAGUGAUGAUGUCGCUUUUUCCACUGCCAUCACUGCAGCUAGCACACUGAUCAUUGCUUUUGACUGAUUGUGGGACAAGGCUGCUGAAGCAAGGCAGAUUGACAUAUUACACGGCAAAGUUGCAUGCUAGCCACAGAAACUAAUUUCAACCGAGAAAUUCAAACAUCAGUAGAUAUAAAUAAAGCAUAUGUCAUAAUGUAAUAACUGCUCACUUAGAAGCUGAAGUAAGCUGAUACUAUAGACUGCAAGAAGUAUGAAAUGUGCUGGCUUUAUUCCAUCUCUUUUUGAGAAGAGUUCAACCGAAUCUAUGACAGUGAUGAAGUUGAUAUUUGAAAAUAUCUCUGGAAAAAAUCUACAUUGAUUGGUUAGAAAUGCUGUCAACAUGACUUGUUAUAGACUUGUUAUUAAUGGGGUUGUUUUUUGUAUUUAUAUUGUUUUUUUUCCCCUCACCCUUCUGAAGAAAGCAAUUUCAUCCAUCUAGGAUACCACUGUAUAAAGUUCACUAAAUGCUUCUCAUCUCUUAUAUGAAGCAAGGUCACCAGCAGGAUUCAUCCCACUAUGUUGCAUGGGUUCAGUAAACUGAAAGAAAAAAUAAUGUGUUUUUUAUUCCAAGUUCAUGUAAAGCAAAUAAUGUAUUUAGCAUGGAGCAUGAAUUAUUUUCAUAUAAAUGUAGCUCUUAGAGAAAAUGGCUUAGCCUCUACUUUUUGAUGCCUAUAGGCAAUGUUUUUUUAAAAAUAUUAUUGUCAUUGGUUUGUGUUUAUUUACUUGAAUACUGAUUUUAUUUUUCUCUCUUUAUUUUCCUACUUGUUUUGAAGCAAGGCUUUAGAAAGAUAAACCUUGUUCAGGGACAAACGCUGACUGCUGGGAAACUUUUGCAAUAUUGAAGAUUCAAAUUUCGGGUCGGGCCUUUGACGGUCCCUCAGCCUGCCUCGUGGCCAACCUUCCGGUCACUUCCGUUUUUCUUUUUUUUUUAAAAAUCACAUCAGUAAUGUCCUCGCGUCUGGGCUUGUCUGUCAGUGAUGGGGAGGUUAGCAGGUGUGUUCACUGCCCUCUUACAAACACUGCUUCACAUGCCUGACGCACUCGCCGGUUUGUUCCUGCCCAGUCGUUUUUUAUUCUGACACCAUCCAGGUUAAGCUGUCAGUGUUGAACUUUAAAAAAUGGGUUUACAAAAGGCACAGUCUAGAUUAGGUUUGUGUAGCAGAGCAUAGUGGCAUGCAAACCUCCACUGAAUAAUUUAAGGGUAUUUCACACAUUACCUAAAUCCCAUUUAUACAUUUGAAGUGUGACUUUAUAAGGCCUCUAAAAAUCACAUAUAACACUUUAAUGAGCAUGCUAUUACCACUCUACAAGGCAAUUAUGACUUUAUGUUGUGCUUUUUAACAGCUGAAAUGGCGCAAUCAUACAUUCUUAUGCAUGGUUUACAGUUUAACGCUACACGUGCAAUAUAACUGUGCAGUUAUCACAAAGCACUUCAGGUAUUUAUGAAUCCUUUAUAGAGUAGUAACGCCAUGUUAAUAAAUGGACAAUGUAUGCUCUCCAAAUUUCUUGUGAAGUAACAUGUGACAUGAGGUGUGAUCCAUUGUGCCAAUGCCUGCAAUCAGUUAGUUACAUUUAAAGUUACAUUGCCAAAACACUGACCCAAUUAUCAACUAUACUCACUUAGCCACUAGUAAUUGAAGCUAAAUGUCAAUGUAAAACUCUACAAAUACUGCACUGCUUGUGAAAAGAUCAGUGUUAUUAAGAACCUGCGGCUUAUAUCAGGCCAAAUGUGUAUGGUAACACUGUAUUUCUGGAAGCGAUCCUUUUAUAUUUGCAUUCCAUAAGGAUCACAUUCUUUACCUGGAAAAGGUUGACCGGACAUGUAAGGGGCAAAUGUAAAUGUGUCUGUGUGUGUGUGUGUGUGUGUGUGUGUGUCUGACUGUCUGUCUGUAUGUCUGUGUGUCUGUUAGUGUCUGUGUGUCAGUGUGUGCAUGCAUGCAUUUGUUAAGAGUAAACAGCCACUGGAUUCAAUCCUGUAUUAAGGACAAUGUUGUAAAUGGCAUACAACUGCAUUGUCACUGCCCUUAUGUGGUACUGUGUAAAUGUCCACUGCAGGCCUUCCUUUUUGGUGGUGUCACAAUUUCUGGAACCAGUGGAACCAGUGAGAGGAACUGAAAGGAAAUAUGAUUACUGUAUAUCCCUAAAAAUCACCAAACGCUUCCUCAUUUAGAGGCCAGUUUGUUGAGUUGUCAUUUGUUUUGUUAAAAUGUAUUUAACUUCCAUUUUUGUUUGUUUGAAAAGGGGUUGUCAAGACGGAAAGAAAGGAGAAGGAUGUGAAUUCAGUUUUUUGUUUGUUUUCAAAUCUGUGGUUUGAUGGCAUGUGACCCCAGCUGAUCUGAGGCAUUCCUAUAUUCUGUAUUUUCUUGGUGUGUAAUCAUAUUGCCAAAGACAAAUUCAUUUGUUCAUGUAAAUACCAAUUUGUCUGCAACAAUGACAAAAAAGUUAUUUUGUUUUAUGUUUUAUAUUUUUCUGAAAUCUACCAUAAAGUUUCUGUGAUGUCUUGUCUUCCACUUGCAAUAAAAAUUUCAAAUGUUGAAAACUUGACACCCA